CAUUAUAAAGGACAAAAUAACACCGCAUCGCUUCUUGCUUGGUGUAGAAUCCGCGUCUAGAGCUUUUGUAAAAACCUGGGCACUGGGGAAAGACACUGCGCGCGACUUUUGCCUUCUGCUUUCAUAAUUUCCCCACAUUUUUUCACUUGCAGUUUACAUUUUCUUCUCUGUCCGCUACAAAAAAAUGAAACUUUUGCCAUUCUGCACUUGGCUUUCAUGCCUCUUGAUUUUUAUCAUGUGUUUGGGAUCUGAAUGUGGGACUACCAGGCGAGAUGUGAGAGCCAACAGAGACUUGGUGCGCAUUAGGGAAGCCGCAGCAAGCCCAUCUGGAGCCUGUGCCACUCGUUUGCCUCGGGGCAAACGCUCCUUGCCCGGGAUGAAUCGGGGCUCUCCUCCGCGGUAUCCCCGGUCCUCUCACACCGAGAGGAGCUCAUCGGGGCGGCUUAAGGCUGUUUACUUUACCGGCAGAAGUGAUCAACUGCGACUGAAGCCCAGUGUGGAGCUACCGAGAGGGAAUUUCACUUUGGAAACGUGGAUCAGACCAGAGGGCGGGCAGCGCUCCCCAGCCGUAAUAGCAGGCCUCUAUGACAAGUGCUUCUACGCCUCCUGUGACCGUGGCUGGCUACUGGGUAUCGGCUCAGUCAGUGACCACGGCAACAGAGACCCACGCUUCUUCUUCUCCCUGAAGACGGACCGCGCGCACAAGAUGACCACCAUCACCGCCAACACCGCCUACCUGCCCGGACAGUGGGUGCACCUGGCGGCCACCUACAGCGGGCAGCACAUGCGGCUCUUCGUGAACGGCGCCCAGGUGGCGGUGAGCCGCGAGCAGUCGGGUGACGUCUUCAGCCCGCUGACGCGCAAGUGCAAAGUGCUGAUGCUGGGCGGCAACGCGCUCAGCCACAACUACCGCGGCGGCCUGGAGCGCCUCGGACUGUGGCGCCGCGCCCUGUCGCAGCGCGACGUCAUCCGCGCCAUGCGCAGCGUCGCCCAUGGCAGGCCGGAUGGCGGCGGCGGCGACAACAGCAGGGACAACGGUGACCGAGGGCGGUUGCGGUUUCGGGGCAGAGACGAUGACGCCAAGGACGAUGAGCUGCCUCCACUGGUAGUGUGGGAGGGCUUUCAGGAGCCGACGAGCCAUUGGCUGACCGUGAAGGACGGCCGCUUUCCAGCCAUCGAGCUGUCGGAUCGUAUACAGGGGCCGUCGGGCCUACGGGGAAAGGAAGGACGGCAACGGGGAGAAAGAGAAGGAGGAGGUGGUGGAGGAGUAGGAGGAGGAGGAGGAGGAGGGGAGACGACGGGGUCCAUCUCCCUGGACACCGCCCUGCCGCCGCCCCCCUGCGGCCAGACGGUGUGCGACAACGUGCGCGUGGCGCUCAACUACAACCGCCACUGGAGCUUCCGGCGGCCCAAGACGGUGCGCUACCGCGUGGUCAACGUCUUCGACGACGAGGGCCGCCGGCCCACCGUCACCGAGCACCAGAUCCACCUGCAGCACCAGCACCUGAACGAGGCCUUCCGGCCGUACAACGUCACCUGGGAGCGCACCGUGAUCAACGUGCGCAACUCCUCGCUGCGCGGCCGCCUCAUGCUGGCCAACUGCGACAUCAGCAAAGUGGGCGACGAAACCUGUGACCCCGAAUGCAACCACGCGCUCACGGGGUUCGACGCCGGCGACUGCCGCGCCCAGCGCGGGUACUGUUCCGAGUACAAGCAAGGCAACGGUGUGUGCGACGCAGAGUGCAACUCGGAGAACUACUAUUACGACUACGACGACUGCUGCAACCCCAACGCCACGGACGUCACCAAGACCUGCUUCAACCCCGCCUCGCCUUUCAGGGCGUAUAUGGAUGUGAAGGAGCUGAAGGAAGCUCUUCGUCUCGAUGGCUCCACGCACCUCAACGUCUUCUUCGCCAACUCCUCAGAUGAGGACCUGGCAGGGGUGGCCACCUGGCCCUGGGACAAGGAGGCGCUCACACACAUGGGCGGCAUCGUGCUGAACCCCUCCUUCUACGGCACGUUCGGCCACACCCACACCAUGGUGCACGAGGUGGGCCACAGCCUGGGCCUGUACCACGUCUUCCGCGGCGUCUCCGAGGUGGAGUCCUGCAACGACGCCUGCCUGGAGACCGAGGCCUCCAUGGAGACCGGGGACCUGUGCGCCGACACCAACCCCACGCCCAAGUACAAGCACUGCCGCGACCCGGAGCCCAGCAAUGACACCUGCGGCAGGAGGCACUUCACGCACACGCCGUUUACUAACUACAUGAGCUACACUGAUGACGACUGCACAGACUCCUUCACGCCCAACCAGGUGGCGCGGAUGCACUGCUACCUGGACCUGGCCUAUCAGACGUGGCGCACCGACUCCCUGCCCGCCCCCGUGGCCAUGCCCCCCCGCCUCCUGGAGGAGUCACAUGACUCGCUCACCCUCGAGUGGUUCCCGCCCAUCACGGGACACUUCUUUGACAGAGAAGUGGGAUCAGUGUGUGAUGGCUGCACUGAGGGACGUGUGCUGCUGCAGUAUGCCACCAACGCCUCCUCACCGCGACCCUGCGCCCCCUCCGGACACUGGAGUCCCCGCGAAGCAGAGGGUCCCCCAGAUGUGGAGCAGGUGUGUGAGCCUAGCGUGCUGACCUGGAGCCCCAGCGCGGGGCAGGAUUCGGGUAGCGUGGGGGCAGCCUCCUGCCCUCCGCAAGGCUGCAUGCUGCAGCUGGAGUUUGCUCAGCCACUGGUGCCCGACUCGCUGACAGUCUGGGUCACCUUCUUCUCGGCCGAGGAGACGGAACUGCCGGCCGUCCACAACGUCCUCCUGCUGACGCUGGGCGGCCGCAACGUGUCGCUGGGCCCGCAGGACGCCUUCUGUGACGUGCCGCUGACCCUGCGAGUGCCUCCCGACCUCCUCAUGCAGCAGGAUGGCAGCCUGGAGCAGGUGUACGGGGUGCAGAUCUUCACCAUGGAGCAGCACCUGGAGAUCGACGCUGUCAUGAUGGCCUCCAGACCCGACUGCCCGCUGUGCCAGGCGUGCCACCCGCUCCGCUACAGACUGAGGCGCCAGCCGCCCUUCCGCCAUGCUCCGCACGGUCUCACCGUGGAGGACGGCACCAGGAGAUACGUGGACAGGGAUGUCCAGGCGGGCCAGUCAUACACGUACCGUGUGCAGACGGUGUCUCGCUGGGGGGAGAGUGAAGCAUCACCCCCACUCACACACCAACUGGGGAAGCCCUACUGUGGAGACGGACGAGUGCAGAGACACGUUGGCGAGCAGUGCGAUGAUAUGAACACAGCGGAUGGAGACGGAUGCUCAAGCGAGUGUAAGAAGGAACCACUUUUCAACUGUGUUGAUGAGCCGAGUCUGUGCUACUUCUACGAUGGUGACGGCGAGUGCGAGGACUUUGAGCGGGAGUCGAGUGUGCGGGACUGUGGCCUGUACACCCCCAGCGGCUUCCUGGACCAGUGGGCCACCCACAUGGACGCCUCGCACCAGGACACGCACUGCCCUGCCGAAUCAGCUGCUGGAUACCCCGCCGUUACUAAGAGCUGCCAGUCGAAGGUGUUCCAGGGGGACCUGUCCAGCGGGGUGUCUCAGUACGCCUGGUUUCCCUGCCAUGAGGCCCACAAGAGCACACGCAACACAUACUACUGGCUCAAGGCGAACUACUCCCACCCCAUGGUGGCAGCAGCGGUCAUCAUCCACCUGGCCUCAGACGGGACGGGCUAUGUGGACCAGACGCAGUGCAACAUCACCGUACAGCUCAUCGACACCAAGGAGCAGUCGCACAACCUAGGCGACUGGGGCCUGAGCUGCCGCAGCAACCCGCUGGUGAUCCCGGUGAGCCACGAUCUGAGCACGCCCUUCUUCCGCACGCGGGCCAUCCGGCUGGGCUUCAGCUCGCCGCUGGUGGCCAUCUCCGGCGUGGGCCUGCGCUCCUUCCAGUACUUCGAUCCCAUCACCAUCAGUGGCUGCCAGAGCAACGAGAUCUACAACCCCAUGGGACAAAGCUGUGUGCACUACUCGUGCGACGCUAUCGACUGCCAAGAGCCGGUGGUGCACCACGCCUCCAUGAGCUGCAGCAGCCAGGGCUACUUCAACGGAGCCCGCUGCACCAUCACCUGUCACCGUGGAUACAUGCUCAAAAUACACCGCGACGAUGACAUCAUCAAGACCCAGUCGGACUCGGUGGUGACGCUGACGUGUGCGGACGGAAAGUGGAACAAGCAGGUGACGUGUGAGCCGGUGGACUGUGGCCGGCCGGACAAGUACCACGUGCACCCCGCCCUCUUCUCCUUCCCCGAGGGCACCACCUAUGGCAGCCGCUGCUCCUUCCAGUGCCGGCCCCCCGCACAACUCAUAGGCACCAAUAAUGUCCUGACGUGUCUGGAGGAUGGCAUGUGGUCCUUCCCUGAGGCUUUAUGCGAGCUGCGCUGCCCAGCGCCCCCUCCUGUUCCCCACGCGGUACUACAGAGCAAGCGCUGCAACGCCACUGGCUUGAAGGUGGGCUCCUUCUGCAAGUACAAGUGCCUGCCCGGAUACCACGUGCCCAACACCAGUAAGCCACGCAGGCGGGCAUUCAAGCGCCAGUGCACGGAGGAGGGCAGCUGGCAGGAGGGCGCGUGCGUGCCCGUGACGUGUGAACCUCCCCCGGCCGUCUUCCACGGCUCCUACCAGUGCACCCGCGGCUUCCAGUUCAACAGCGACUGCCGCCUCAGUUGCCCCGGGCCUGGGCCUGGCAGCGCCAACCGUGGCCUCGAGACCCGUGCCGUCGUCAACCCCAGCACCUCCGUACACGUGGGCGCCUCCACCUCCUAUUCGUCGUCCUCAUCAGCGUCCUCAUCUUCCACUUCUUCGUCGUCGUCCUCCUCCUCCACCUCCUCCUCCUCUUCUGCCCAUGGUGCCAACCUCACGGGCUCUACAUCCACCGUGAUCCGCUGCAGGAAGGACGGCAACUGGACCGGCUCUUUCCAGUUGUGCCCUCACAUCACUGGCCAGUGCCCUCUGCCCCAGAACCUCAGCCCCAGCAUCCACCUCAGCUGCAAGCAUGGCCAUGGCAUAGGGGUGGAGUGUGAGUUGUCGUGUAAGGAUGGGAGCAACAGCGUGGUGCUGCUACCCAGCAACAUGACCACAGAACACCUGAUGAAGGACCACUGGAGGAACCCACCCAGAGUCAAGGCCAUCGUGUGUACCAUGGGACUGCAGUGGUAUCCAAAUCCAGAGCAUCUUCACUGCAUCAAAGGCUGUGAGCCUUUCAUGGGUGACAAUUACUGCGACGGCGUGAACAACCGAGCCUUCUGCAACUACGACGGAGGAGACUGUUGCCACUCGACUGUCAAAACCAAAAAGGUGAUCCCGUUCCCCAUGUCAUGUGACGUUCGGGAGGACUGCGCGUGCCGGGACCCGCGAGCCCAGGAGAACAGCGGGGGCCAGAGGCGGCGGCCGCUCGGCUAAAGACCUGAGCCAUUGGACUGUUUCGGGGGAGUCGGGGGGGUUUGGAGGGCUCGCAUAGUAGGGUGGA